CGCCGCUUGGACGGACCUUGCGUUCGGCCCGCAGCCCUUUGCGUCGAGACCAUGCGUUCCGCUCAUUUCAUUUUAUUUUUUACCUUACAAACGCGGGUAUUCGGAAUCUCCUUUCAGUCGCGUUUGACUAAAAAGUCACAUGGAUCUCGUGAAAUUUUACAACCCGACCCGAGAAGGGAUGGAUAUCCGACAAGUACGGUGAUGUUGGGAAAUGCAAGUCUAGAAAACGCACAAGAACGUUUGCGCAUAAGCUUGCAGGACAGUGCUAAGAUCUCCAACCCAACAGUGAAUUCCGCUCACAGGCCGUCCUCCACAAACGCGAAAGAAUUCUGGAAUCAGUUCCUGUUUCGAGGAAAAUCAGACUUCAGAUACGUGCUGCCGUUCAGGAGCGCCGAGGUCCGUCAAGAACAGUGUCGAGCGCUCACUUUCUCUCAGAGGAUCGUCCAAGAAAACUGUGAAACGUUGGAGCUUCAGAACAACGUGUGUUUCGGAAAAUGUGCCUCGUCGCCCUCUAGGGGUGAUGAAGGAGGUUCGUUUCCUUGUUCUGUUUGCUCGCCGGUUGUCAUCACUCUCAAGACAGUGAAGCUGAAAUGCUCUGACGACGCGGAAAUGAUAAAAGUUGUAAAAAUAAUAGAAGACUGUCAAUGUAAAACAAAAUAAGCACAAUAUUCCUAUCAUAAGGGUCUAGCACUGGUUGAUCCAGGAGUAUUAAAUACCCUCAAAAGCGAUGAAACAUAA